CGCCGGAGUCCAACACAAGCCGCUGGUGGUGGAGGUUACCUCUUGUGCCCUGGUUCCCCGGGCAACAGCCCGGAUACAGUUGGUGAGGAGACGGAAGUGUGGUCGAUUUAUGACUCGUCAGCCGGCGGAGGCCGCGGAAAUAGGGAGAAAGAAAGCGAUGGAUUGAAGCAGGGAGGGGGAUCGAGCGCCGCGGCGGCCCCUUCCCUUCCUCUCGCCGGUCCUGUAGCUGCCUUUCCUUUCUUUACAUGCAUCAAGAGCAUUCAAUGGUACUCAUUCAAGGAAGCACUGUUCAGAAUGUUUCUGCAAGAUGUGAUGAAUAACUCCAUAAAUACAUUAUUUAUUACCUAAAUCGCUAAUCAUUGAAUUGCCUAACACAAAUCCUCUACAUUGCUCCUGGGUGCAACGGAUGAAUGUAUGUUCAUGAACACAUCAAAUGUGUAUCAGAUGAACUGUGUUUACUGCAGAAAAAGUAGAUUAUGGAGAAUGAUGAACUUUCGCCAGCGAAUGGGUUGGAUUGGAGUAGGAUUAUAUCUUCUAGCAAGUGCUGCAGCCAUUUAUUAUGUAUUUGAAAUAAAUGAAACUUACAACCAACUGGCUUUAGAGCAUAUUCAACGGAACUCUGAGGACCUGGGCAGUGGAGCUUCUUGGACACAGACAGUAACAGCACGCUUGUUUUCACUCCCAUUCUGGCUGUGGGGUCUCCUGUUUCUGAUUCCAUACCUGCAAAUCUUCUUGUUCCUGUACUCGUGUACAAGAGCCAAUCCCAAAACAGUUGGCUACUGUAUUUUCCCAAUCUACUUGGCUGUUGUUUGCAAUCGCCACCAAGCUUUUGUCAAAGCCUCCAAUCAAAUCAACAGAUUGAAAAUAAUUGACACAUGAAUGGACCUGUCACUUUAGGUUAUGAUAAGUUAACACCAAAUCAAGAUUCAGAGCAUGAGUGCUUAAUUUGAUGUAAUCUGUAAUGAAAUAUCUGGCUGCACCUGAAAUUUCAUUACUGUGGUUUUAAAAUUAUGUUAUUUGGGAUGGUACAAAUCCUGCAGACAACUGUGCAGGCUGACAUUGUUUGGAUUUUGUUAAUGUUUUAAGAGUCAAUCACCAUGAAUCACUCCAGUAACCCCUCACAGCGUGCACAUUUCAGAAAUUUUCAUUAUUUUCCAAUGGGAAUUCUGAGCUCUUUUAAGGCUACUUUGGUGGCAAGGGGUUUCAUUCUUUAUCCUUCCAGAUGCUUUAAACUUAUAUUUUUGUCUUUUGCACUUCAGUUUUUAACUGUGACUGAAAAUAAGAUACAGUAAAUGUUUUUCUAUUUCUAGCAAAAUGUCUAUUUCGGUUAAUUCAAAAAAACACAGAUUACAUUCACACCAAUCAUUUUUGGAAAUGGUGUGUAUUCAAACUGGCCUUGUGAAUAAAGAUUAUUUGACCAUCUACUAAUGUCAUUUCCUUUUUUGUGCAAACAAAAAAACUUUAACCUGUGUUCACUUCAGCUCCCUUGCCAGAAUGUAGCAAAGGAAGAUAGUUUACUGUAAAUUCAUGUAUUCAGUUAAUAAAGGGCUAUCCCUAUAACUAAAGUCAUUUUGGAUAAACUGAAAGAGCUGGCAAACCUUUUGUUUUAAAUAUUAUAAAAUCACCAGGUUCUGAAUGUAAUGUGUGACUUAGUUCACCAGCAGUCACAGGCCAAUCGUAUUUGGGUGAUUAAUGUAUCAAUGUGAGUCUUGAUUAUUAGUUAUGUGGAGAAGGGAGAUUCAGGAUCACUUAUUUUCUGUUUAGUUAAUUUUUAAAUACAAAUUUAAACAGCACUGGACUCUGCAUUAAGAUGGUCAAACAAAGAUUAAUCUGUACUAAACUAGUAGCCAUUUAUCGUGCAUUGUAACCUGAUCAAAAGUAUUUGAAAGACAAAUCAGAUUUUAAAUUAUAAUCGUAAGUCCUUCACAAAAGCACUGACAGGGGAAAGUCAGCUUAUUGUGAUCCAGGCAAAGUAUCACUUUGUAGAGCAGCAGAUUGCAGUGAAAAAUUACAGAACAAUACUGCACUCUCUUAAUGGUUUUCUACAAAUUCUAAUGCAAAUUGUUUUUAUAUUUUUAGUGAAGACCAUUUCAGUGAUCGUACCACAAGGAGAGAUCUUUUUAAUAAAGUAAUUUUAUACAAAUCCUGAUUUGCAGCCUAUUAACUUAUGCCAGGAAAUUCCAGCUGCUUUUAGGAUAAAUUAAAUUCCUUGCAACAUUCAUCUCACUUCCUGUUGUGACUUGAUUAUUGGAGUUGGAAGGGAAAAAGACGACUGUCACAAACUUAACCUGACACAAUUCUAUAAAAUGUAUAAAAAGGAGUCUAACUGACUUCCAAGAAGUGCUGAAUAACCAAGGUAGGCUGCCUCUCUGCACUCCAUCUGGAUGUUGAAAACUACAUUUUGGGAAAUUACCUGUAUUUGUUGCACAAUUUGGCCAAAUAGGGAUUUAUUUGAAGUGUCUAUAUCCAAAGUAAUUGAUUCUAUAUAGACUACUUUGAAAUAUUUCUGUAGCAAUGUCAUCAAGUGCUGCUCAAAUGCUGACCUGACUGUGUAGUAUGAAUAGCUGAGGAAUGAAGGAUUAUUGAUGUGAGCUGAGGCAGUUAAUCCUUCAUUUUCUCCUACAUGGGACAUAAAUUUGGAUCAUUUAUCUGUCUGAAAGGAAACAGCAGACUGUGCAGGGGAUGUUUUGUUUAUUUAUGUGUGGCUGAUUGCUGCAUGUAAAAUGAAUUUAAUGGUGUUGCCAUAAACUAAUAUUAUAAUAUGGUGCCAAUAAGACAGCUGUGAAUGUUUUGCUUUUUUUAAAAAUAUGUAUAUUAAAGCCAUUUAAGCAUUUAAGACCUGUGCUAGUGUUUGGAACCCCAGCUCAUCCAGAAUACAUAUGUGUUUUAACUGAUAUAUAGACAAUUGUAAUAAAUAUGGUGCUGGUUUUGCUGCUGCUUCUAUUAUUAUGAAACUUUCUUAUAAUAAAGUCUUUUAAUGAGUGUGAA